AUGGUGUAUUUGUUUGAGUCUUCAUUUGUCUUGUUCGCGCAAUGCGCGGGUAUCUUGCUAGUUCAGAAAGAAAUCACACAACCCCAGUCAAAAAACCCUAGCACUGUAAGCCUACACCACCGCCGCAAGGAGUGGCAUACUGCCGCGUCCGUCGCACUCAAAGUUCGCCAUCCAUCCGUCUAUCUAGCUUCCCUCGUGAUCCAAGUCUUCAACCCCUGUUCGCUGUCACUGAUUGCGGCUGCUUCCUCGAGCUCGGCGUCCGUCGUCUUUGUCUGCUCAGGCGCGCUUCCGUCGCCGUUUGUUUGCCGUUCACGUUCGCGUCUUCGUUCAGCUGUCGUCUUCGUUAGCGUUCUUCGCCGUUCACGCUCGCUCGGCGUUCACUGUUCGCGUUCACUGGCUGUUUGCCGUUCGAGUUUGCAUUCGUGUGCGUCUGGAAGCCACGUUGCUCUGCUUCAAAUACUGCGACCAACCUGUGCGCUCCACCUAGCCGUCGAACUGCUCUCUUUUGUCGCCGCCGUGGUAAGAGAAGAGGAGAAGGAAGAAACCAAGAAGGAGUCCAGAGACAAACAAGGGAAAGAAGCAACAGAGGACAUCAUUCAGCAAGAGGAGCAUGUGACUCUCACCACUCUUUUUGUGGAUAGCAAGUAUGAGGAGACAUUAUCCCAGUAUGAACUUGCCCUACAAGUUGCACUUAACAUGUCUUUAUCGGUGGAAGUACGUUUGAUCUGCCAUGCAAAUCGUGCUGCAUGCUAUCAGAAACUGGGAAAAUAUGACAGCACAGUUAAAGAAUGCACACAAGCAUUAGAACUGAACCCUGCGUACAUUAAAGCAUUGGCAAGAAGAGGAGAAGCCCAUGACAAGCUUGAGCAUUUUGAAGAGGCCAUUGCUGAUAUGAAAAGGAUCUUAGAAAUUGAUCCGUCAAAUGAUCAAGCCAGGAAGGGUAUUUGCCGACUUGAGCCGCUUGCUGCAGAAAAGCGGGAAAAGAUGAAGGAAGAAAUGAUGGACAAGUUUUUUGUUGUCUUUAUCUUUGUUUUCUAAUUAUAUUUGUGCAGAAUAGUUCAUGGGCAUGCUUUCCGUAAAUUACCUUGACCCUUCAUGCAUGCGUCUGUUAUUUGUUGUCCAAUAUGAUGCCCUUUUCUCUCUCUCUUUCUGCUAGAAAACUAACAUGCAAAUUCGCUGUGUCUAAGGUAAAAAAGGAGAGGGAGAGAGAACAUGAGAGAGCAUGCACUUUCUAGUUUCUAAUAGGUGCUUAACAAUAAAAUACUCUCAUAUGGGAUAACAUAAGUACAUAACUAAGGAAAUGGUGCAUCGGCCAUUGUUUCUGCAUUUUACUAAGGUUUUGACUAAGUUGUUUUAUUCUCUCCUGUCUUGAUCUUCCAAGGCUUUAGGUUCAUUUCCCCCCCACUCUUUAUUAUCAUUAUUAUUUGGCUAAAACUUUUUGAUAUUUGUUUAUUUUUGCUAUGAUUACCGAAAGAUUGAUAUGGACAAGAUCCCUAGUUACAUUGAAUCAAAGCUUUUGCCAUUUCAGAGAGAAGGUGUAUGGUAUGUAGACGUUUGCUAACUUUUUCACCAGCAGACCAUUUUUUGGUAUAUUUUUUCUGUCUUGGUAAUCAGCUCUUAUAUUAUGCCCUCAUUUAUGUUUUAGUUAUUUGUUUUCAGGUUUAUUUUGCAACAUGGAGGACGUGCUCUUUUAGUAGAUGAAAUGGGACUCAGCCACUCGGGAAAACUUUGCAGGCAAUUCAUCACUAGGACAUUUUCAUACCUUCUAUCUGCAUUAUCUGUAGCAAUUGCUGUAGCUUCACGCAUUCAGGACUCAUGGCCUGUUCUCAUACUUGCACCAUCAUCAUUGCACUUGAAAUGGGCUUCUGUAAGGAUUGUACUUAGACGUUCUCCAGACCUAAUAGAGAUAUAUGGAGAAAUUGUCUAACCUCAAAGUGGUGGAUCAAACAGAGGAGGCUUCAAUAUAGUAUUUUUAAGUGCCAAAAGCAACAUUCGUUUGGAUGGACUCUUCAAUAUUAUCUCAUAUGAUUUGGAGCCAAAGAUAUAGAAUAUGCUCACGACAUUGGACUUAUAGAUCCAAUUUCUUAUCCAAUUUUCUUACUUCCACUGAGGUUUGGUUGUAUAUGAAUCAUACUAUCUGAAGAAUCUCAGGAAAAGAGGACUAUUGCAACUCUUCCGCUUACAAAGACUAAAAAUGUCAGAAAGCUCAAUAUUCAAUAUUCAAUAUUGCUUAGUGGAACUCCUGCCUUAUUCCGACCAAUAGAACUGUUCAAGCAGAUGGAAGCUUUGUAUCCUGAUGCAUAUAAGAAUGUUCAUUAAUAUGGUAACCGAAAUUGCAAGGAUGGAGUUUUUGGAGUUUAUCAAGGGGUAAGUAAUCAUGAAGAGUUACACAAUUUGAUGAAGGUGACAGUGAUGAUACGAAGGCUUAACAAAGUUGUUCUUUCUCAACUUCCUGUAAAGUGUAGGCAACAAUUGGAGGUGGUAAAAGCCAAUAUUAAGUCUGCCAAAUCAAAAGAUGAGGGUGAAUCUCUUAAGUUUACUCAUAAGAAUCUGAUUGACAAGGUUUGCACAGCUCUGAACAUAAUGUUGACUUGUACAAUUUGUUUGGAAGUUUUUCUUAUUACCUAGAACUAUGAUAGGUUUAUAGUUUCUACUGCAACAUUUUCUCAGGCCUUGGCCUAUAUGCGAGUAGUUUAAAUCAUUUUGACGGAACUUUCAUUGAGGGGAAAAAAGUGGGUUGCAUCCGGAUUGAUGGAGGUAGACCUGCUGCAUCAAGGCAACAAUUGGUUACAGAUUUCCGGGAAGAGCACUCUAUCAAGCCAUCCAUUAAUGCUGGAGGAGUUGGAUUAACUUUAACUGCUGCAAGCAGUUAUAUUUGCAGAACUAUCUUGGACUCCCGGUUACCUAAUUCAGGCCGAAGAUUGUGCUCAUAGAAUUGGCGAGGUCUCUCCGGUAAAUAUAUAUUACUUGCUUGCAAAUGAUACGGGUGAUGACAUCAUAUGGGAUGUGGCGCAAUUCAAACUGGAUAAUUUGGGGCUGGUACAUCUCUACAUCGUCUUGGAACUAUCAUAUGUAACAUAUGAUGUUAGAUGGCCAUGAGAACACCUUAGCUGUGUCAAAUAAUCAGCCAUUGAGUAGCCCUGCAAAGCAUACUACUAUUGAGCAUAGCCCUUUAAGGCAGAGAACUCUUGACCAGUUUGUCAGAAGAUGUGAUAACGCGGAUAGGUCGGAACAUCAGCCUGACCCGAAACGGCCCUGUUAGUCAUGACUCUUGAGAUACGCAAGAUGGAUUUCCAUUUUCUCAGAUACGUGGCCAGUGGCAAGUGAAUUGGAACUUAAAUGUUAAUUUUUACAUGCAGAAGUUUCCCUGUAGUAUUAACCACGUGUGCUUACAUGGGGAAUUCACCUAAUGAUGACACAAAUAUGCCUUUUGAAGCUGAAAUCCAUUGUACAACAAAUAAUAGAUUUUGAGUAGAACUGACUACACUAAAUUAUGUUUCUUCUGUUGGAGAUAAUGGUUUGGUUAUGUGAAAUAUGUAUUGGAAGAAAAUGUAGAUCAAGUCACCCUUGUUAACUUUUUGCUCCCCAAUGUUUUGUUUUAGUGUGGGGCUCUGUAAAGAGUAGUACAUCAUCAUAUAUGAAUUAGACUUGUAAAUUCCUUUACUCCAUAUGCUUGUAUCAUUUUAUUUUGUAGAAAUGAUCAUCUUUGAGUGAA